AAUUGUUGUUGCCGUCAUGGCAGAACUAGCACACGAAGGAAGCUUUUUGCUUGAUGAUUUGGAAAGAAGUAUUGUGGAGAAUGCGGCUGCAUUGCCAAAUGUAGAGGAAGAGGUGAGAGGCAGAGGAAGAGGUCGUGCAAGGGGGAGAGGUAGAGUGGCAGACCAAGGGAUUGGCCAACAAGGAGGUCGUGCACAAAGAGGUUGUGGGCCUGUGGCAGCGGAAGUCGUGGUAGAGGAAUACGUCGUGGUAGGGGAGGUCAUGGAGGUUGAGGGCGUUUAA